GACAAAAAUGAACAUUUACAAUUUGGCCUGGUUUUUCGUGUUCCUCAUUAGAAUAUCUAAAAGCAAGCGAUAUGAUAACUACAGUUUAUUUAACGUUGUCCCAAUGGAGCGGUACCAGUUGAAAUUUCUGCAAAAUCUUGAGAGUCAGAAAUACAUGGAUGUAAUGUUCUGGAGGAGACCUUACAAGAUGUUCUCUGAUGUACAGAUUUUGGUGAAUCCCGUGGACUUGGCUCUGUUUAAGGAGAGAUUGGUGCAUUUUGGAAUGAGUUCGAGGCUGCUAUCGUCAAAUAUACAAAAGCAAUUCGAUCAACAAUUCGUUCGAAGAUACAUGCGACUCCGAGUCGAAUCAUAUACGUGGGACUACUACCACUCGCUAGAAGAUAUCUACCAAUGGAUGGCUGAUAUGGCUGCCCGAUACCCCAAAAUAGUCAAAUUAAAAGCCAUUGGCAAAAGUGCUGAAGGCAGAGAGAUUCUAGCGAUCAGUAUUAGCAGGCCAAAGAAUAAGGCAAAAGUGAUUGUUGAGGGAGCCCUACAUGGCAAUGAAUGGAUAACAACAGAAUUUAUUACUUAUCUAGCGAAUGAAUUAAUUACAGCAGAUAGAUCGCGUAACGCAAAAUUGAAACGUGUUGCGAAUAGGUUUCAUUGGUUAUUGAUACCGGUUGCGAAUCCUGAUGGAUAUGAUUAUAGCAUGAAAGUUGAUCGCUUGUGGCGUAACAAUAGAAACAUCCAACCCAACAAUACCGCCGGAGUUGAUUUAAACAGAAAUUUCGACUACAAUUUUUGUUCUCAAGGUGGCAGUAAAGAGCCGAAUAAUGACUUCUACUGUGGUCCAAAUUACUUUUCGGAGCCCGAGUCAAGGGCCCUCGCUGACUUCGUAGGGCUACACAGGAAGGAUCUUAAUUUCUACUUCUCGUUUCAUGCGUACGGACAAAAGUUUCUGAUACCGUACUCGGAUAGAGUGCGCCACGUUGAGAAUUUCUCGGAAAUGGAAAAUUAUGGGAAACAAGCAAUAUUGAAAAUGUACAAAUUGAACGGAGUCAAGUACGGCGUGGGGACGAUUUACGACACUCUUGGUUAUAGAAUAUCUGGUGACAGUGCGUCUUGGGUGAAGAAGAAUCAUAAAGUCAAAUACGUUAUAACCUUCCUCCUCCGGGACAACGGUACCUUCGGCUACGCACUCCCUUCGGACCAGAUCCAAGCCACCUGCAAGGAGACCCUAACUGGUCUGCUCGAGAUAAUGACAGCCAGACACAGACGAGUCUCCCCCGUGCUGUUUAUAUUAUUCGUAUACACUUUAGCUAAUUCUUUGAAAAAGUAUAAAAAUUACUCUCUCAUUCGUGGCAUUCCUGUUGAAGAGGCACAUUUGGAUUUUUUCAAGAAUUUAAGUGAAAUGUAUGACGUUAAUUACUGGAGAAUGCCUGGACAAGUAUAUCGACCUAUUGAAUUUAUAAUAUCUCCGAAACAUAGACAUGAUUUCUUACGAAAGGCCAAAUUAAAGGGGGUGUACUUUGCUACGAUUAUGGACGAUGUUCAAAGAGCACUCGAAAUGCAAACCGUGAAAUCGUAUAUACGACGUAACAUGGACUCCUUUGAUUGGAGAAGCUUCUUCCGCCUGGACGACAUUUACGAGUGGCUCGCAGACUUGGAGACUCAAUACCCGAAGAUAAUGCAGGUUUUCAGUAUUGGAAAAUCUGUGCAGAACCGAAAAAUAUUGGCCGUCAGGAUCGCUCAUAAAGGGUGUAGUACGAGGCCAAAAGUUAUCGUAGAAGGUGGUAUCCACGCGCGUGAAUGGAUUGCACCAGCGUUUGUCACCUACUUCAUCCACCAGAUUCUGACAGCACCAGAACAGAAUGGUACCCUGAGAACUGUGGCUUUUAUGUACCAGUGGUACUUUGUACCAGUUUUGAACCCAGAUGGAUAUGACUAUACUCAUACUACGGACCGAAUGCACCGAAAGAAUAUGAAUCAUGUCGAUUUGAAUCGAAACUUUGGUAUUGCCUUUGGAACUGUUGGAGUGAGUUCAAAUAAAUUAAGCGAAACAUACUGUGGACCAAAUGCCUUCUCCGAACCAGAAUCCCAGGCUAUGGGUAAUUUUGUGAGCGCAAACAGCAAAAAUCUUAAAUACUACCUCGCUUUUCACGCAUAUGGUCAGUAUCUGAUCAUACCGUAUACACAUUCUAGCAAACAUACGGAUAAUUUUGAUGUUGUGCGCGAUAUUGGUUUAAAAGCAGCGAAACAAAUAGAAACGAAGUUUGGAACUCAAUAUACAGUCGGCACAGCUUAUGAUACAGUAGGAUACAUGACGUCUGGUGUUAGUGGAUGCUGGGUGAAGAAAUCCUUUGCAGUUCCGUACGUACUAACGUUCGAACUACGUGAUGAAGGGCAGCACGGCUUCGCUCUACCACCUCAGCAGAUUCUACCCACAUGCCAAGAAACAAUGGACGGUGUUCUCUCAAUAUUAUCCCAAAAGAAAGAUACGAAUUUGGAGAAAUUAUUCAGGGAUACCUCAACACCUGGUAUCAAAGCUGGUCAAGGGACGGUGUUCGAUGGUUUUGUGAUAUUUUGGAACUGUUUCUUGUUUGUUAUUAUACGGUUUUAA